AUGACCCUGAAUUCUUACCCUUCUAAGGAUGAGCAAGAAAAGAAUUCCAAACCCAUUGGCCGUUACCCUGUUCCUUAUAAGAAGGACCUGCCCUUUGACAUUGUAGAGCUCAUGGAUGAGGUGGAGAGACAGAUAGGAUUUUUACCAAAUAUAUUUAAAGUGUUAUCUUACCGGCCAUUGGAAUUCCGAGCUUUCUUUGCUUAUUACAAUGCCAUCUAUAACAAAGAAACAGGUGGACUCAGCAAAGCUGACAAGGAACUCAUCAUCAUAGUGACCAGCUUGAGUGAAAGGUGCCUAUACAACGUGGUUGUCCACAGUGCCAUGUACAGGUUCUACUCGAAAAACCCGGUACUCUCUGAGCAGGUCUGUAUAAACUGGAGAAAGUCUGACCUCCCUGCACGAGAAAAAGCAAUGGUAGAGUUUGCACUUGCUGUUUCCCAGGCUGAUGAAAUAACAGAUGAGCAUUUCAAAAAGCUUGAAAUGCACGGCUUCAACAGAGAAGAUGCCUGGGACAUCGCUACCAUUACAGCUUUCUAUGCUAUGGCCAACCGCUUUGUUCAUUUUAUCGACAUCAUUCCUAAUAGGGGAUUCUAUUCAGUGGGCAGAAACAAUGAUACUAAACAGACUGAGAAUGAAAGUACUGCUCCAAAAAUAUGUUAGCCUGACAGGAAAGGCCAGUGUUUAUCGUUUCACUUAUGUUGCACUGGAAG